AUGUCCAGCCCAACCAACAACUUCCUCACCCUGAUCCCCGCCGCUCACCGCGUCCAUGUCUCCUCUCCCUUGUCUUCUCCCGUCGACAGCGACGAAUCACUAGUUCCUGCGCUCCAGAAGACUCGGCGAUCUAGCUCCAGUGCCUCCGCCGAAUCCAACUCUGCGGCCGAAGAGCCUGCUCUGCCAUCCGACAUUGUUGAAUCUCCUGUCGAGGCCGCCAAGCACCAGUUUCUGAAGUUGGGUAACUAG